AUGAAGUCGGCCAAGGCGCCCGCGGGGGAGACCUCGUCGCACCGCCGGUCGCAGCCCGUCCGUCAGACUCGUACGAACCCUCCGCGAAGCAUCGCGAACUUGGGUCGUUCUGGUGGUGCUGGCAGAGACUCAAUCGGUGGUGCCGAGCAACCCAUCGACAUUUUCCCUGCGAUUACACACUUUGCCGAUGCCAUUACUGCACUCCCAAAAGAACUUGUUCGGCAUUUUACCCUCCUCAAGGAGGUUGAUGCCAAACUUUUCACCCCCGAGGAUCAGCUCUUCCGACUCGUUGAAGCUGCCACCAAAGCUCCUGUUUCCGAGACACGUCCGAACAACGAGGCAUCCAGCGCCAAUGCUCCUGGUUCGGCGCCUAUGAGUGCGCAGAAUAGCUCAAGUGGUAUUGCAUUCAACAAUAGCGUCCAGAGCGUACCUCCAGUCGAUGAAUCGAACAGGGAUGCUGUUUUCGACCCAUCCAAUCUUCCUCGUCGUCACCUCUUUCGCCAGACCGCGCUCAAGAUCCAGGAAAUGCUUGUUUCGCUCGAAGAAAAGAACCACGUUAUCUCGACAGCCAACGAGGCCCUCCAAGCCCAGCUCACUCGGAUUGAAGAUGUCUGGCCUCACCUAGAAGGCGAAUUCAGUGACGAGGCCAAAUGGGGAAGCACUACACAUUGGGCAUAUCCUGAAAAUCGCUUCUCCAAGGCCUCUCACGUCGACCGAACACGGCGCGACGGUGCCGCAGCCAUAUCUGCAGCUGCGCAGGCCCUUGCUGACGAGGCAGCCGCUAGAAGCGAUGCUCGAAAGCAGGCUGUACAAGCAAAGAAGAAUUCAAGGAACCAUAACAAUAAUCAUAACCACUCUAAUGCCCAUAACCACGAUUCGGAGGGAGACGACCAUGAUGGCAAACACAAGCCUGAAGCUCCAAAGAAGACAGCCAAAUCGCGGAAGACAGCGACAGCAACGGAAAUAGCUAAUGUUGGACUGGGUAUUUCUACGGCUGCGACGAACAAUGGGAACCCGCCACAGAAGCGACGCAAAGUUGAAAAGACGACUAAUGGUGCUGCUGCGACAACAACAGAGCGUGCAAUGAGCUCGGUUUUUGGAAAUGCUGCACCGAAGGCAAAGACAACAAGUCCUAGAGCAACUCCCGCACCCGAGGCACCUAAGAAGAGAAAAGCUCUUCCUUCAGGAAGCGGCCAGUCCAAGAAGAGGUAUGUCCCAGAAUCCGGAGGAGAUGCUCUAAAGACAGGUUCUAACAUGGUGAUCUGUAGCAGAAACGGCGUAACUGGUUUAUCCAAUUCGGUCAACUCGUCGCCCGUCAUCACCGAGCUACCUGAGCCAAAGCUACCCCCUGUUCGCGCAUCACCAGUACCGGUUCCUACUCCAAACCCGGCUCGGACUCGUUCGCGACAGAACUCAAUACAAACUGUAAAUACGGAUAGCAACAAGGCAAGGCCGACAUCAUCGGCUUCUAAUAAACCCAAUGGUAAUGCAGCUAGCACGCCAGCCGUUGUUGCUCCAGCAGCUAGUGCGCUUCGCAACGGUGCUGAGCCCAAAACUCCAAAGGAGACGAAUGCACCGAUCAAGACCGAAAAUCCUAAGAAGGAAGCCGAGAAAACAGAGACUGUAUCAGCGCCUCCGGUCCCUACACCUACCACCACUGCCACCAUCUCAACUACCACUACAGCCGCAACCACCGCCGCUGCUACGACUGGCACCAAGAAGGAUACCAAAAAGCCGGAGGAGAAUGAUCGCAAGAGCGAAUCACUACCACCAGUUCCACAAGCGGCCACGGUUACAACAAAGAGUGGGCGCGCCAGUAAACCAUCAACGCCAGCAUUGGCAACGUUCCAAGAAGCAGUGCAGCCCCGAGCACGCUCAUCGAGGAACAAUGACGGGACUGGUACUGGAAAGAAAAAUCAGAAGAAAGCUGCACCUACCAUUCACGCAGCUGUUGCUGCUCAACUGGCCGAAGAAGAUACGAACAGCAGCAUGCAAGGCGACGAAGAUGACGGUGACGUUGAUGCAGACGAGCCAACAUACUGUUACUGCAAUGGGGUGUCCUACGGCGAGAUGGUAGCUUGCGAUGCUGCUGAAUGUCCUCGCGAAUGGUUCCAUCUGGAGUGCGUUGGACUGAAGGUUGCACCAACAUCAACAGCGAAAUGGUAUUGCGAGGACUGCAAGGAACGCCUCAAAGCGGGAGGUAGAAAGGCCACUGGUCGAUAA